AAACGGGCUGAACGCGUCGACGCGUCCCGGCAGCUUGACGGCUUUGCCGGGCUCAGCCUUGGACACUCCGAGGACGAGGAGGAGCACGACGGGGGCGGGGACGGCAUCGUGCGAACCGGGGUCGCUGCCUAUGCAGCGCUUCUCCCAUCCCAAACUGCGCCUGAUGAGAUCGUUGAUGUGCCGAUGUCGGGCACGACGAAGCCCAGAAAGAAGCGUGGCAAGGGCAAGGGCAAGAACAGGGCCGGCACGGGUUCUGCGCAUCCGUCCGCGCGAGCAGCGAGUCACCAGAAUCAGUGGGCGGAUCAGUGCAUGUACGCCGAGCUGCUCGAGAUGAGCGAAGAUGGGACGCGUUCUGUGUGGAGCACUGCCACGGGGGACGGUCUUCCAGACGAUCUGGAAACAGCUUGGAUUGCAGGUAUCCCUUCCUGGCCUGAUUUUCUGUCUCUGGCCUCUGCUGAGGUCUUGUGUUACAGUGGCUCCUGUUCCGGUGGGCAAACGAUGCCUCGCAGUGACCGAUCAGUCUCUGGGUGUUCCCGGCACAGUCUCCAACACGGCUCUUCGAAGCAGGAAGUUGGGCAAGCUACUCAUGCCAAGAUUUCCGUCCACGCUCCCUCCGAUGACGGUUCUAGAUUGCAUCCUUGAUGGGAACUGGCGAGAAAACGGAAUUUUGCACAUUCUGGAUGUCAUCAAGUGGAAAGGGCAAGACAUCGGAGAUUGCGAGACGCCUUUCAGAUUCUGGUGGAGGGAUACUCGAUUGCAAGAGUUGCCUUCCUCAUCCCCGCCCUCUAUCCGACAUAACGCAGAAGCAAGUGGAGGGCUGGAGCAAUCGCCGUCCACUGCCUACCGUUUCCCAUAUCCGACAACGUUCGCUGGGAUCCCGUACCACGCAGACACAAGCAUGUCCUCGUUAGCUACGGCUAUUGUUCCACUGGCACGGUGCAAUCGUGCCAUAUCUGUCCAGAUUCCGGUCCUUGAAUCAGAGGAGGAAGGGAUGUCAGUGGACGUGCCCAAAAGCUUGCAGCUGACUGCCACGCAAAGCGCGCAGGUGGCUUCGGAUGGUUUGCUGUUGUAUGUUUCCGAGGCAAGCUUCGAGCCGGGGACGAAUCCUCUGAGUAGCUGGGUUCCCCUACGCAAUUACGACGCCGACCAGCACGGACAGGACACAGGGACGCAGCCUGAGGUCUCCACCGCACCAGUGGAUGGACCGUUGGAUGUGUUUGCUCGGUUGAUUCAACGACGAAUUGCGGGUAUGUCAUCUGUAGCGAUGGAUGUAGAAAAUGCUAUAUAAUGGAGACAAUGCUUCAUUCUCUACUCUAGGAGACGGGGGCCAAGGAAAAUAACAUCAAUGCUUUGCAGGCUUUCCAGGAAUGACUAUCCAAGCCAGCAUAAUGAGGACGCGAACACCAGCGCCGAUACCAAGUGCGGCAGCAGCGCCGAUGGCGGCAAGGAUCGCGCGCGCGACGAAUGCGCCAAGAAAGAGCCCUGCGGCUGCAAUCAGCUUGUGGUCGCGUGUGAUGACUUUUUUGCGGAGGUUGAAGAGGCUGGGGUCCGUGACGAGUUCGACCCAGACAGUGGUCAGAACAACUGCAUCAAAGCUGAGCAUGACACGAGAAGAAUCCCACCAUCGCACAUACUUGUCGUAGUGAAUUGCGUGUUCAGGCGCUUCCCGACGAUCCCCUGGACCCCCAAACUCGCGCUCAUGAACGCGAGGCCGACGAAAGUGAGGGUG